AUGGCGCUCUCGCACUCAAGUAUACUCAACCUCUUCCCCGCUACUAAAUCAUCCGACUCCGUCACUGGUGGUACAUCAUCAGCGGGAUCCAUACCAUCCGGCCGACUACUACCUUCGUCCACCAUCUCCUCUAGUCUUCGUCACGUGCUAACUCCCUCCCAAUCCUUAUCCUCUGCUUCGCACAAUGCCGCCUCCUCGCUCUUCCCCUCGCCUCUGCACUCGUUUCACCACGUGUCGCUUCCGCGCACCACCACCGCCGGGGCUGCGCCGGCUGCGCUUUCCGCGCACCCGCGUGCCAUGCUCCCACAAACCUCCCCGUUUCCUCAAGCCUCACGGGCGGCCUCCGCGUCGCCUGAUCAAGUCGCACUCGCAGCGUCCGCGGCGCCGACAAUCAUUUUGCGUUCCGAUAAAGACGCGCAGUCGUUUUCCAACGCACCGCAGCUUAAAGAGCGCAGCGCGCAGGUUCUUUCGGAGCUAAGGAAAGCAUCCGCCGCUGUUGCGGUGUCCACCGCGUUUGCGCUUUCCGCGGGUUGCUGCGCGCCAGGCGCGGCGCUUGCGCUGGACCAACUCCCCCCUCCCGUUCCGCCUUCAGAGUAUCACGUCGCCAUUUCGACGACAGACAGCGCCGUAAAAUCCGGUCUACUUGCUGACGAGUUUAUCUCGCAACUAGAGUCUAUACCUUCCGCUCCCGCACUUGCCACGUCAGCAUCCCCAACCCCGGCGUCAUUAACGCGCCAGGUUUCACUGACAUCCGCGGGAUCCUCGGGCAGAGUGGUCUCGCCCGAGGCGCAGGAGGAGGCGAAGGCAAUGCUAGUGCGACAGCUGGAGGAGCAGGAUAGGCUGAGAAACGCUGAAGAGCGGAUGUGCGACGCGGUUCUGUCGCCCGUGAAGCAGGGCAUCGCAGGUCCCGACUCCUCCUCGCCGGGUCGCUCGCGCUCCGUCACCUGGGCCGACUGCGCCGCGGACUUCCCGGCUGACGUCAUGGUUCCGCUAACGCUCUCACCCGGCGGGAGCUUCAGCGGUGCAAGCGGAGACGGCGGAAGCGGGAGCGGAAUGCGCAGCAGCAACGGGUCGAUCGUGGCGGAGCCCGCAGUGUACAUGGGACCGGUUGUGGGGGGCGCGGCGGCGGCUUCCGCCGCCAUGGGCGGAGUUGCGACGGGCGGCCCGAUCGCCGCAACUGAGGUGUCGUUCGCGGGAGCGGCGGCGGCGAGCCUGACCUUGGAAAGCGCCGCUGCUGCUGCCAUCGCCAGCUCGUCUGGAGCCACUCGCCCGCUUCUUUCUGGGCCGUUGCCGCCUUUCCCCACUCACUCAUUCCCCUUUUUACGCGCUGCUUUCCCCGCGCUUUCUCUCCCCGCAGGUCUUUCCGCGAAGCUCGCGGCGAUCAUGGGCCAAUCGCUGCAGCAUUUCGGCGUCGGCGGAGUGGCGGGCGCAGUGGGCGCAGCGGCGGUGUACCCCUUAGACACCAUCAAGACGCGCAUGCAGGCGCAGCGCAAGAUCAAAGAGUCAGAUUCGGAUUCAGGCGACUCGGGGCGAGACGGCGCGAUCGGCGCGAACGGCGCCCAAUUCCACUCCGCGGCCGGAUCGUCAACGUCAACGUUAGCGUCUGCGUCACCGUCACUGUCUCCGACGCAGACGCACGUGCAGUACCGCGACGAGUGGGACUGCUUCCUCCGCAUGGUCCGCGAGGAGGGCCCCGCGGCUCUUUACAGCGGGCUCGGCGCGCAACUAGUCGGAAUCGCGCCGGAAAAGGCGAUCAAACUGACCGUUAACGAGGUCCUGUUGGCCAUGCUCGAGUCGACUAUCCCCGGAGCGCGUCUGUGGGUCCUCGAGAUCAUCGCGGGCGGCGGCGGCGGGUUCUGCCAAGUGGUGUUCACGAAUCCCGUGGAAAUCGUCAAAGUUCGCAUGCAGGCGCGAAAAAAGCUCGCGACAGGGUCGUCCGCGUCGUCGAGUGAUUCGGAAGCGGAGGUCGCGGUAACUUCCGCCUCCGCCGCCGCCGCCGGCGCGAGCGGAGCGGUAGUAGCGGAGCCGCAGCAGCAAAAAGGGAAGACGUCGUGGCAGGUGGUGCAGGAGCUGGGUAUUCGCGGGUUGUACAGCGGCUCGAGCGUGACUCUAGCGCGCGACGUGCCGUCGACCGCGCUCUUCUUCGCGUGCUACGCGGCGCUGAAGCAGGUGAUGCCCGAUCAGACGUUCAUCGACGGGUGCCUCGCCGCGGUCCCCGCCGCCUACCUCGUGACGCCUAUGGACGUAGUUAAAACGCGCAUGCAAAUGGAGCCCGAGGAGGGGAAGGAGGCGUACCCGAACGCGUGGGUGUGCGUUAAGGAGAUUGUCGAGGAGGAAGGGCUCGGCGCGCUGUUCAAGGGUGGCAUUGCGCGCGUGCUGCGCAUGAGCCCGCAGUUCGGAAUCACGCUCAUGCUGUACGACAUGCUGUCGCAGUAA